CAAUCGUUGUCUCCUCGCUUCCCACAUCUACGAUGGCAGUAGCAACAGCGCCAUCCACAGCACCAGUGGCCGGGCCGUCCCGGCCCCGCGAGCCCGACACCUGGGCGCCGAAGCGCUACUUGGAGCCCAACCAUCCCGACAAUGAGGAGGUGCUGGAGCAGGCCGCAUACCAGGCAGCGGUGACGCGGCCAGCCGGCGAUACACGUACAAACAGGAAAUACAAGCCGCGCAGGACGGUCGACUACAUGGGCGGGGUGCAGAAGUGGCGUAUGUUGAGCAAGAAGCAGGCCAUCCCCAUUACGUUGCCGCCAAUACAUCCUAAUCCGAGCGACAUCAUCAACCUCCUGCCUCCCGUGGCGCACAUAAAGGACCCGUCGACCUCGAUCUGCGACUACUUUGUGCAUACAAGUAUCAACAAGGAACGCUCCCCCACCCGCGUGGUGCAGUGGACGCCGGACGCGCGUCGCUUGUUGACGGGUAACGACAAAGGGCAGUUCACGCUGUGGAACGGUGCGUCGUUCAACUACGAGUCGAUCACACAGGUGCACGACGACAGCAUCCGCUCCAUGGCCUACUCGCAUAACGGAACGGCGCUGGUGUCGACAGACAAAGCCGGCACGAUCAAGUACUUUACGCCGCACCUGACCAACAUCCACGGCUUCCAGGGGCACCGGGAGGCGUGCCAUGGCAUCUCGUGGAGUCCGAACGACGAGCGGUUUGUGACUGGCGGCGACGACGGUCUGGUCAAGAUCUGGAACUACCGCGCCGCGUCAUCUGAACGCGAGCUCUCGGGGCACGGAUGGGAUGUGCGCUGCGUCGACUGGCAUCCGACCAAGGGCCUCGUCGUGAGCGGAAGCAAGGACAUGCUGGUGAAAUUCUGGGACCCGCGCACCGGUAAAGAGCUGAGCACGUUGCACUCGCACAAAGCGGUCGUCAACGCCGCGUCCUGGAACCCGGAGGGGCAUAUUGUCGCCACAGCCGGCGGAGACGGAUACAUCCGUCUCUUCGACAUCCGUACUUUCCGCGAACUCGAGGCGCUGAAGGGCACGAAAGAGGUGAACACGCUCGCAUGGCAUCCGAUCCACCACAACCUCCUGGCGAGCGGCGACGCCGGCGGCUCCAUCGCUUAUUGGUCCCUCCUGGCGCCUGACCCAAGCAAGCCCGUGACGCUGCUGGAAGCAGCGCACGACGAAGCCGUCUUCUCCCUCUCGUUCCACCCGCUCGGCCACAUCCUCUGCUCGGGCUCGAAGGACUUCACCGCGCGCUUCUGGUGCCGCGCCCGCCCGGGCGGCAACCACGAGAUAGACCGCUACCACCUGGGCGAGGAGGGCGCGUUCCGCGCCGAAGCCGAGGAGGCGACCAAAUCCCGCUGGCCCGGCCUGCCGCUCGACGACAAGCCCGCGCCGCCGGGCAUCGGCGUGCCCGGCCUCCCGGGGCUGCCGGGGCUGGGGGGUUCUAUGGCCAAGCCCGCCAUUCCGUCCGGCAACUCGACACCGACCCGCGGCCUGCCCGGCCUCGCGGGGGGCAUCGCGCGAGGACCGGGGGCGGGCACGCCGCCGCUCCCCCCGCCGGGGAUGCGCGGGCUCCCGUCUCAAGCGCAGGCGGGGCCGCAGCGGCGGCAGUGGGGGCGCGACGCGCCAGGCCGCUUCGAUGGUCCGCCGAGGUUCGACGGACCAGGGGGGCCGGGCGCCGGCGCUGGCCCCGGCGCUGGUCCUGCUGGUGGACGCUUCGAAGCGCCGGGGCGGUUUGAGCGCGACGGACGCGGAUUUGAGCGCGACCCGAGACGUCAGCAGGGCGCGCUGGGGCAGGGCGCACACGGGCAAGGAGGACACGGACAGGGCGGAUAUGCGCAGGGCGGACAGGCGCCGGGCGGGCAGGGCGGACACGGGCAGGGCGGACACGGGCAAGGCGGACACGGGCAAGGUUUCCAGAACGGGUAUGGGCGGCCUGGCUUCGGCGGAGCACACGGUGCACCCGGUCUCGGCGCUGGGCCUGGCGGACCAGGCGGACCGGGCGGACCAGGAGGGCCAGGUGCACCAGGCGGCGCAGGAGCCCACGGAGCCCACGGCGCCCAAGGCGGACACGGCCAUACCGGCCAAGGCUUCCGCAACCAGCGCGGCGGGUACGGCGGCGGCUACCAACAGCCGCCCUACGGGCGCCGCUAGGAGACGUAAAUAACAUGCAUACAGUAGUACAA